AUGAUGUUUUUCUUUUGUCCUUUUUUCUCUAUGGAAUUUGGGAACAUUCGCACAAAAUGGAAAAGCAUCGCUUAUAUGUUUUUGCUGUGCAUCAUCGGCAGUGUUGGUGGAGCACCUCCCGGGGUGUGUCCUCAAGGUUGCAUCUGUUCCAGUGAUAUUGUAAGCUGCACUAACAAAAGCUUGUCUGUAGUGCCCAGGACUGUCUUUAAAUUUAUUCGAAGGCUGGAUUUAAGCUACAACAAAAUAGGUUUUCUGGACCCAGACUGGUUCCCAGUGUUGUUCGAGAAAUUGCACUCUUUGAUAUUAAAUCAUAACACUAUUAACAGCAUCUCUAGUGGGAGUUUUUCCACCAUCCCAAAUUUGAGGUAUCUUGAUUUAUCCUCCAAUAAUCUGAGGACGCUGAGCAAUCCAGUUUUUCAAGAACUUAAAAUGCUAGAAGUUCUUCUUCUUUACAACAAUCAGUUGACCCAUAUUGAUUCUGGGGCUUUUGGAGGCCUCCACAAGUUGCAGAAAUUGUAUCUGAGCUACAAUGCACUGACACAUUUUCCACUGGACUUGUAUUCUGGAAGAAGUAAACUCACAGAACUUGUAUUGUUGGACAUAUCCCAUAAUAACUUGCAAUCUGUGCCUGUUCAGCAAAUAAGCCUAAUAUCAGCAAGGCAACUUAGUGGCAUUUACCUUCAUGAAAACCCUUUUUUAUGUGACUGCCAUCUGAACGCAAUGCUAAACUUUUGGCAUCAUAGACAGUUUAGUCCAGUAGUGGAUUUUAAAACCUAUUAUGUCUGUACUUUACUGUCUGAGCCUAAAAAAAUUCCUCUUAUACAAGACAGUUUUCUCAACUGUUCUGAAAGUACUGUAAAUGGGUCAUUUCAUGCAUUUGGUCUGUUGUAUGAGGCUCAGAUUGGAGAAAGACUGGUGGUACAUUGUGACAGCAAGAUUAUCGAUACCAACACCCAAUUUAUGUGGAGAAGCCCUGAUGAGAGAUUAUUAGAACCAGAAACCACAGAUGAAAAUUUCCGAGUGUUUCCCAAUGGGAGUCUUGAAAUUGAAGAUGCCCAAAUUGCAGAUUCUGGAAUUUAUUCAUGCAUCGCAAUAAACAAAGUAAGACAGAUUAAUGAGACCAUAGAUAUUAGAAUAACAGUAGGCAAUUUUACAAGCCACAAGUCUCAUUCACAUGAGGCAUUUAACACUGCUUUUACUACACUUGCUGCUUGUGUAGUCAGUAUAGUUUUGGUUCUUCUCUAUCUUUAUCUCACACCCUGCCGAUGCUGGUGUAGAUCGAGGAAACACAAAAAAAAGCAAAACCAAAGCAGUGCUCACUCCUCUGUUAUAAGUGCCACACCGUCCCACGAUACCCAUGCUGAUAGGAAGUCCAGCACUGGAAAACGAGUUGUAUUUUUGGAACCUGUCAAGGAAGCAGAAAAAGGCCAAAAUGGAAAAGUCAGACUGAUUAACCAUGACAAUCUCACAGCAGAGAGCAUCCUAAAGAACAGUAGAUCAAAGUCUGACUCAGAUUCUAUCAGCUCUGUCUUUUCAGAUGCCCCUUUCAUUCCUCCGGUAUAA